CAAGCAGACGACGCGAGUGUGCCUAAGUUCAAACCUGAAAAUGAGUGAUUGCGGUGAUACGUCGGUAACAGAAUUACGUCAUAGUUUAUUGAAUGUUGUUCAAGAACCUGUUGUAUUCGAUAAUAUGAUCACAAAUUGGGAAAUAUUGUCUUGGGACAUGGAACAAUGGGCGAGUAAAUUAGGCGACAAGAAACUGCCAUUCAGGGUUGGAUUAAACAAAGCAGCCCCACUACCGCAAUGGGAGCAUGAAUGUCAACAGGAGAAACUGACUCUUUGUGAAUUUAUCAAAAUGUCCAACUUUAAUGAUACGGAGGCUCCAAAACAAUGUAAGAAAUGGUGGUACUUUGACUACAAGUACAUGCACGAAUGGUUUCAAGAAUAUCCAGAAAUAUUACAGACGGUGGACUGGGGAACCCUAGGAUUCCCGGAAUAUGGUGGUGCAGAGUCUACACUGUGGCUUGGCAGCAAAGGUGCACAUACCCCGUGCCACAUAGAUGUGUACGGUUGCAAUCUGGUGGCACAGGUGCUAGGCAGGAAACAGUGGUACUUAUUUCCACCAACUAGGAAUGAUGAAAUGUUGCCCACACGUAUCCCUUAUGAAGAGUCUAGUAUCUUCAGUAUGCACAACUUCUAUUGUCCAUCUGCUAAAAUCACACAAGCAGAUUUAUCUGGAGUACGGGUAGUGACUCUAAAUCCUGGCCAAGUUCUCUUUGUUCCUCGCCAUUGGUGGCACUACGUUGAGAAUCUUGACACAGCUAUCAGUAUUAACACAUGGAUACCACUGGAAGCUGAUGAUGAGGCUCGUGUAGAAGAAUCAUUAGUUCGUCUUAUGAUGGCCAUGGCGUGCAAGAGUAGCACUGAUCCACAGUCUUUCUUGAACCCUAAUGAGGUUGACUUGCCAGUCUCUCCACUUGAAGAUACUCUUCAGCUAGUGCAGAUAAGCUUGGAGAGGCACACACAGAAUAAAACCUCUGAAGAUGUGACCACAUCUGACACACACACUACUGCUGAUAAGUUAGUGAGCACUACAGCAAGCAAAGAAGAAAAAGAAGACAAAAGUAAAAUAUACUCCACCAUAAGUAAAACGGCUUUGAAUAUUGUACCUACUUGCCCAGUAGCAGAUUUUCAGCAGUUGUUGCUUGAUAAAUGUAAAAACGUACCUUUUGAUAAAUCGGACUCUGAGAAGAAUUGUCAAAGAACACUGUUAGAAGAGUGUCUAAAUGCAUUUUGCCACCCAACAGUCAUCGCAGCAGUCAGAGAUGUACUUCUGAAAACAGAUAAACAGACAAAUUUAAGAUGACAGGAACUGACCUUCUCAUUAAUAUUUUUGUACAAGGCAACACAGUCAACCAUUUCCAAAACCCAUUCGCAUCAUAUUUUAUUUCCUCUUUUCUUUCUGGUCCAUGUAAGAGUUUCCUGCAGUUAAAUUUGUUAUUUGGUGUUCCAUUAAUUGCAAUGAAUUAUGUAAUUGUGUAAAGAAUGUUUCGUUAAAUAAUAUGUACACUCAAUAGAAACUUUAAAAUGCUUAGACAGAUAAGUGAAGAUGCAAUUUUACCACUUCAAAUUAGUUGUUAAUUAGAAGAUGCAGAGUCUGCUGUGUCUGUCAGAAAAAUGAGCAAUGAUUUCAGUGUGAUAUCCAUUGUAUAACUGUUUUGUUGUCUCUUUCUUCCUUUUUUUUAAGUACAUGUGUUUUGCAUAUUUUUAUAAUAAAUUGUAGGAUUUUACAAGCCUUAUGGUAAUUCCACAUCUACGUACAUACUCAACAAACCAUUGUGAAAGACAUAGCAGAGUGUUCUCAGCAUGAUACCACAUGUCAGGGUUCCUUCCCAUUCCUAUCACAUAUGAAGUGAGGGAGAAACCAAUGCAUAAAUGCCUCUGUGUAUACUGUAAUUUUUCUAAUUGUCUCUUCAAGAUUUGUGUGUGA